AAGCUAUGCCCCUAUAAACCUACAACCUUGCCUUUCUUGCAGAACUGAGCUAAUUAUAGCUAGGCUCAGUUUGAGUCCUCACAGGGUGAAGCAAAUCAACUUUUAGGACUUUUUGCAGGAGGUUUUCCAUCCUGUUUGCCUGCCUUUAUUUUAUUUAUAAGCCCAGGCUGAGCACUAGGCAUGAUUCUCCUUGGAUGUGAAAGCCUAAACCAGGCAUAGCAUCCUUUCCUGGCUCUGUGUACAUGCUACUGAGGUUGGGGAUUGUUCCCAAAGUAUCCACUAAGGGGAGUCAGGACGCUGGACCUCCCUUUUUGGUUUCUAUGACAACAGUGAGGAGGAGAGCCUCUCCAGCAGAGUGCCUGCUAAAGCAGGUGUCGGGUUGCCCACAGCUCCAGAAGCUCCCGAUGCUGAGGAGUUCUUUCUCCCUGCAGCACUGGCGUGAGUUCCCCAGAGCUCAGCUGAACGAAAAUGGUUCACCACUCAGGGUCGAUCCAAUCCUUUAAGCAGCAGAAAGGUGGGGAAACUGAGGCUCAAAAAGCUUAGAUGAUUUGCCCAGGGCCAUACUACAAGUAUGAACAUGAACAAGAAUGAAAUAAAGAAAGAACAGCCCUUGAAGCCCUCCAGGAGUCAGACUCAUCCUCAGAAUCUGAGUAAACAUUCUUCAUUUAAUUCCCCAAAUCAGAUACAAGCACAGCUUUUCAGCGCAGGACCAUCAGCUUCUCAUAAAAUAGCAGAGCAUGGUAGGAAGAUGGACAAGGUAGAAAGCAAUUUGUACAAGCUGUCCUCUUCAGCAUUUAGUGAUUCAUGCUUAGAUGUUGGAAAAGAUAGUUACGUAGAAGAUUCUGAACAUGGCACUGAUGAAGCUCAGCUCAUCAAAGCCAAGGUCACCAUUCGAAAACCAGAAGGCAUGACUAAGAAGGAGAUGAAAGUCACAGCAACACCGAGUCUGUUUUUCAAAGAUGGAAAAAAGCGUAUUGAUUACAUCUUGGUGUACAAGAAAUCCAGUCUUCAGGUAGAGAAAAGGAGCACAUUUGAAAGGAACCUCAGAGAAGAAGGCUUAAUGUUGGAAAGAGAGCAAUCCAUUACAAACAGUGAUAUCAUGUUUGUCAAAAUCCACUGUCCAUGGGAUACAUUGUGCAAAUAUGCAGAAAGGAUGAAUAUCAGGAUGCCCUUCAGGAAAAAAUGCUAUUAUACUGACUGGAAGAACAGAACACUGAAUAGUUUGUAUCGGAAAACCAUACAGCUGAGAAGCUGGCUUCCCAAAAACCCAAUGCAACUCGACAAGGAGGCUCUGCCUGACUUGGAAGAGACAGACUGCUAUACAGCCCCCUUCAGCCGGGCACGCAUGCACCACUUUACAAUAACGAAUAAGGAUACUUUCUUCAACAAUUCCACGAGAAGUAGGAUUGUCCAUCACGUGCUCCAACGUACCAAAUAUGAAGAUGGGAAAACAAAAAUGGGUAUCAACAAACUCUUGAACAAUGGUACAUACGAGGCAUCCUUUCCUCCACAUGAGGGAAGCUACCAGAGCAGACACCCAAUUAAAACUCACGGAGCUAAGAACCACAGACAUCUGCUAUAUAAGCGCUGGGCCUGCUGGGGAAUGUGGUAUAAGUAUCAGCCCCUCGACUUAAUCAGGCGCUAUUUUGGUGAGAAGAUUGGUCUGUACUUUGCUUGGUUAGGCUGGUACACUGGGAUGCUGAUUCCUGCUGCCUUUGUGGGCUUGUUUGUUUUCCUUUAUGGAGUAUUUACCAUGCACUCCAGCCAAGUCAGCAAAGAAAUCUGCCAAGCCACAGAAAUCCUGAUGUGCCCAAUGUGUGAGCGAAGCUGCAUGCUCCAGAAACUUAAUGAGAGCUGCAUCUAUGCCAAGGUGACACAUUUGUUUGACAAUGGAGGGACAGUCUUUUUUGCUAUUUUUAUGGCAAUAUGGGCCACAGUUUUCCUGGAGUUCUGGAAGAGGAGAAGAGCUGUGUUGACCUAUGAUUGGGACCUUAUUGACUGGGAAGAGGAGGAGGAAAAUGUUCGCCCUCAGUUUGAGAGAAAGUAUGCCCAGGUGGAAAGAGUGAAUCCCAUCACAGGAAAACCCGAGCCUUAUCAGCCAUUCAUGGAUAAACUUCUUCGGCUCAUGAUCUCCAUAUUAGGAAUAUUCUUAAUGAUUUCUUUGGUGCUCACCACAGUCUUUGCUGUCGUGGUAUAUCGUCUCGUGGCUAUGGAGCACUUUGCAUCUUUCAAGUGGUAUUUUGUCAAAAAAUACUGGCAGUUUGCCACAUCUGGAACAGGAGUCUGCAUCAAUUUCGUGAUCAUCAUGUUUCUGAAUGUUGUCUAUGAAAAGGUGGCUUUUUUUCUCACCAAUUUAGAACAGCCUCGAACAGAAUUGGAAUGGGAGAACAGCUAUGCCUUGAAGAUGUUCCUAUUUCAGUUUGUCAACUUGAACAGCUCCAUCUUCUACAUUGCAUUUUUCUUGGGAAGGUUUUCAGGACGUCCAGGAAAAUAUAAUAAACUUUUCGACAGAUGGAGAUUGGAAGAAUGUCACCCCAGUGGCUGUCUUAUUGACCUUUGUCUGCAAAUGAGUGUCAUCAUGGUUUUAAAGCAAACAUGGAACAACUUUAUGGAACUCGGAUACCCAUUGUUCCAUAACUGGUGGACCCAACAUAAGAUUAAACGAAAUGAGCAAGUAUUGAAAUUACCACAGUGGGAAAAAGAUUGGAAUCUACAGCCUAUGAAUCUCCAUGGAUUAAUAGAUGAAUAUCUGGAGAUGGUGUUACAGUUCGGCUUCGUCACCAUCUUUGUGGCAGCUUUCCCUCUUGCCCCGCUCCUAGCCCUGAUGAAUAACAUCAUUGAAAUCCGACUAGAUGCCUACAAAUUUGUCACUCAGUGGAGAAGACCUUUGCCUGCAAGAGCAACCAAUAUAGGAAUCUGGUAUGGAAUUCUUGAAGGAAUCGGCGUAUUAGCUGUCAUCACCAAUGCGUUUGUAAUUGCUAUCACUUCUGAUUACAUCCCACGCUUUGUCUAUGCAUUCAGAUAUGGUCCCUGUAAAGGGCAAGGCUAUAGUCAAGAAAGGUGUUUAAAAGGGUAUGUCAACAGCAGCUUAUCAGUGUUUGACCUGAGUGAACUUGGCCCAGGCCACUCCGGUUACUGCAGGUAUCGAGACUACCGAGCCCCUCCAUGGAGUUCCAAUCCGUACGAGUUAACCUUACAAUUCUGGCACGUCCUCGCUGCUCGUUUGGCCUUCAUAAUCGUAUUUGAGCACCUUGUUUUUGGAAUAAAAUCUUUUAUUGCUUACCUGAUUCCUGACAUGCCCAAAGAUUUAUCUGACCGGGUGCGGCGGGAGAAGUACUUAGUCCAAGAAAUGAUGUAUGAUGCAGAAUUGGAGCAUUUGCAGAAACAGCGGAAAUGUCAUGGAAAGCAUUAUCACCAAGAGUGGCCUUAGUCAACCCCAGUGCCCCAGGAGAGACUGAGCAAUCAGCAGGGAUGGAAGAGGAGACUUGUGGGAAAGCACACAACUGAAUAAGUGUGUGGAGAUGGUGGACUGGGUGGGGAAUGAUUGCAUCAAAGCCUUUUUCUAUCAUUGGGAAAUCUGCGCUCCAGAGGAGGUCAAAGAAGAGCCCCCACCCAGUGUGGCUAUGCACUCUGGUCAGUAUGGACCAAAGGAAACCAAUAAUAGUCUCAGAAUCUUCCUUAAGCACUGUGCUUUGGGGAAUUUCUAGGACCCUCAAAAAAGUCUGGAGUUCUGAGCCUGGCAAGCAACCCAUGGAGAUGUUCAAAAUAAAGGCAUGUGGUUUCUACUCCUACAACUCCUCUUCCCAUUGCUCAGUUGUGAUGCUUACCAGGAAGAAGUCAAAAGAGCUAUUGCCUUGGCUGCUGUUACUUGAUAUCCUCCCUCCUACUGGCUUCCUGUUCAGUCUCAGCUGCCCUAGUCUCUCCUCCUUCUGUGUUUGUCUCAGUGGAAAAUGCCCUGUUGACUGUUGACUAUGCAGUUAAAGAAUUGCAUGGCCCUUUUCAUUUGUCUCUUUUUCAAGGUCACACCAAAAAGAAAAAAAACCUACAAAUCUAACAGCUAUGCUGCCCGUUGGAAGAAAAAGAAAACAGUACUUCCUGGAUCUGAUACCUUUUAUGAGUGGUGUGACUCAGCUGAAUGUUAGUUUAAUUUUCAUAAGAAAUAGCCAGUCCCCUACAUUGAAGAGAGGACUGGCAUUUUCUGAUUGAGCAUAUUUUGUGACGAUAGGGUCAAUAUGAGUUUGCCUUUGAAUCUGUUGGGAAAGCUGUCCCAGAAUAUCACCGUAAAAUGAUGUAAAUAUCUAUUUUUCCCUUUUUUGUUGUAUAGUGGCUUAUCAACAGUGUGCAAUCUCUAGCUCAUUUGACCACAAGCCCCACUCUACAUUAUGCCCUUUCGUCUUCUUCGUUCAGGGAAAGAGGAGCUAGACAAUCUGCACGGGUUUGGCUCUUCUUUUAGAGAUAUAUGCACUCUCUCUCAAUGCAUGAAUGUAACUAAAUAUUAUUGCUAGAAUUAGAUAUUUUCAAGCUUUGCUUUCUACAAAAAUCAAUCAUUUUUGCUUUAUUUUGUUUUUGAAACAUCACACAAAAAAUAAUAACAGUUGAGGGAAAAGGUAUAGGUUGGGUUUGUACAUAGGACCAUAGGAGCAGAAGUCAGGGCCAGUUUGAGUUCAGAGGAUUAGGGUGAAUUAAAAUAAACUAAUAAUACCACAGAGCAUUAACCUAAAGCCAGUAGAGUGACUAUCUCGUGGAUAUUGGAAGAGAGAAGAGAAGUAUGACAAUUCAGGAUAAUUCUUUUCCUCCAUCUUUAAAAAAUUCAAGACUAGUCCCCACUUUUUGUAGAAAAUCUUUAUACUAAUAAUAUAUUAUUUAGAAUUAAUUUCAACAUUUGUUCUUAAGCAUCCCAAAGGGAAACUUCUUUGGAGUUGAGAAUUAGAAAAGUUGUGGAAACUAAUUUUUCUAUAGUUAUACCCAAUCAGAUGAGGCAGCUAAGUGGCACUGGAGAAGGACAUGGCAAACCACUCCAGUAUCUUUGCCAAGGAAACCUCAAAUGGGGUCAUGAAGAGUCAGACACAGCUGAAAAUGAUUGAACAUACCAUCAGAUGCAGAUAUUAGAAUGCAGUUUCUUAUUUUGGGAAAUUGUUUCCAUAAGGAAGACACUGAAAUAGUCUCUCCUUUUUUCCCCUUUAUUUUACUUUUAGAAGAAUGCCAAUAAAUAAUAUUUAAAAUGCAUAUGAACUUUUCAGUUUUAUGUUAAAUGAAGAGCCAAGUUUAUGCCUUGCUCCCUAGAGCAAGGGGAUUCUUUAUAUUUUUCUCUGACCUUAAAAGCAAGUGGUAGUUUCUACCCAAUCUGCUCCAAAGCUUUCCCUCUUUUCUCUCUCCCGGUUUCCUAUUUUUUCUACAAAUUUAUCCACUAAAAAUUACCAUAAAUUCUAUCCAGGAGUUUUAGCACCACUUUUUUGUAGUAUGCUACCCUUUCUAGACAGAACCUUCCUAGGGGCACAUCUAGACACUGUGCCCAGUUAAAUUUGACACAUGACCUUUGUGUCUCCAAACUCAAAGUAUCUUAUUGAACACAAGACAGAAAUAGCUAUAACUUAGUCCCAACACAGAAUAAUGUUGGUUUGUAGCAUAAUUUCCUUAGUCUUACUAGUGCCCUGCCAAGUGGUCCAAGACUAGCUAGAACAUAUACUUGAUUUUUUUUAAUCUGAAAAAAAAAUGCUGAUUGAAAUGGAAAAAUGAUAUUUUAAUCAAAAAACUGUGAUUUUUUAUAAAUUAUUAACUUUAUAAAUCCAAAAAAUAAUGAGGAAACAUAAAGGAUAAAUAAUAAAAAAAUAUUUAAAAUUUCCCCAAUGGAUAGAAGCAACAAUAGAACCUUAGAAAAAUUAUAUUGGAUUAUUGAAUGGUUGUGUUUCAGUGACCACUGAAGGUCUGUGAAUUCAGUGGCAGAUCAAUAAUGCUUCAGUUAACAGACAUGCUUGGCUGAAUAGCCUUGCAUGUGGUUUUUUUUAACCUAGAAUGCACAUUAUUUUACAAAGAUAUACAGCACACAUUCUUCUCAGGAAUUCUGUAUUACAUGAAUGCUGUUGAAAUAUAUUUUUCAUAUCCUACAUAAAUGUUUUUUGCAAACAAUUGAAUCAUACCUAUGCAUGUGGGCUGCCUUGUCAAGCUGUCCAAUGCUCCUGGGCCUUCUUCCAAGUCAAAGUUUGUGGACAACUUCUUUGAGAUCAUAGCUGAUUGAGUCUAUGAUUCUUUUGGUCUAUGCAUGCACUUUGGGGUUACGCUUGAGAGAAUGCAUGAUCAGGCAUGACAUUGGAACACCACAAUUCUUCUAAAAUGUUUCUGUAACACUUUGCAUAAUGUCAUGCUAGAGUGGGACAAACAGGAGUCUUUUUCAAUCAAUAAAUUAUUAUUUACUAUCAUGA